AUGAAGUACAUCAUUGCUUUCGCUGCUUCCGAGUUUGUCAAUUUUCGACAAGCCGAAUUCCGUGCCCUUGCUGAAUUACAAGGUCUCCAAGCGGACCGAAUUGUCACGGACUGGUCUGAAGACUAUUGGUUACGACCCUAUGUGAUCGUCGAGUUGGACAGUGAUGCACAAGCAGAGGCACUGGUCGAACGAAGUGUUCUCAUCAAAUCAAUUUACCACUGUUGGUGUGAUGCCGAUUCGUUCCCCCAGUUGCUGACUAAGGUUCCGUAUAAUCCGCUUCAAUUAUUAAUCCAUAAUCUGCCAGAGAGUCUCACAAAUCAAUAUCUGAGUCGAUUAUGCACAUACAAGGUGGUGAUCAGCUCGGCGAAUAAAAAGAUUGAUCAGGAGAGCAAGUUAAAAAUGAUCGAGGAUGUUUUGAACGCUCAUCCGGUUCUGGAGGCGACAGUAUGUCUGAAGAAUCCUCAACACCAGUUAAACAUUUUGCUUGACUAUGCCCCUAAAAAUUGGCCGAAACUUCCCCCGGGAGCAGCCAAAGAGCACCUAAGACAUUUGUACUACGGACGUUUGGUCGCGAUCAGCAAGCGUCGUGAGCUGAUCAAUUCCUAUCGUUUGGCCGAUCGAAACUAUCUGGGCAAUACGAGCAUGGAUGUGCGAUUGUCCGGGAUCAUGGCCAAUGUGGGUCUUUGUGGGCCGGGCACACUUGUAUGGGAUCCGUUUCUCGGGACCGGAAGUAUUGUUCUAGCCGCGUCAAUUUGGGGCGCGUACGGUGCGGGAUCGGAUAUUGAUUACGCUUUGUUACACGGUAUGGGUAUGUCACCCAAAGCGGGUCAGGUCCUUGAGCUGCGUCACACCCACCGUCGACCAGCGUUCGCAGUGUUCCUCGACCCGAAACAAACGUUCGACUCAUUUGACCACGAAGCUCUGAUGGGUUCCCUUCGAAAAGGAAUGCCCCAGAAGUAUGUUAACUGA